AUUAGAUUUUCGGGUUGAAACGUCUUAAACACCAAUUUCUUCGGUGUCGUUGCAACAUGUUGCUACAGCAACAGGGUUGUAUAAACUAAUACAACCCGCUGUUUGGUUGCCAUAACAACUUUUAAAUAUAUAUCCAAUAUGGCGGAUUACUGUACCUUUGAAAAUUUUCAUAAAAAAAUCGUUCUUUAAAACAAAAUGAAUACGUCAACGCUUCCACCAUUAUUGACCAACUAUUCUCCUAAUUAUGAACAGAAACAAACUGGUUGUUUGACGGGGGCUGAUGAAGUAUCUCCAAUUAGUACACAAUUAGAACAAGUUAAUUAUGGUUCUAACGAAUUAGAGAAAAAACCAAAACAUAUCAGAAUGAUGGCUCACAGGCGUCAUAUUGAGGCUGAAGAGAAAGCUUCAAAGGAGAAGCAAGAGAAAGCUCUCCACACAUUGAAAAUGUGGCACAUUGUCAAAGAAAAUGAACAUAAAAGGAAGCAGAAAAUAUUAAAAGAUCGGGUGAAAUUGCAACAUCACAUGAUCAAGAAACAAGAUGAACUUAUUCAUGAAAAGCAUGAACUGAAAAAUAAGGAACAGCAAAAGCAAAAUGAUCAAGCUAGAUAUGAAAGACAGAAGUUGUUAACUGGGAUACAAAAAAAAGUUCAACUGAAAAGUAAAACCCCAUUGAAUGUAAAUAAUGGCAAACCUAAGAAGCUUAAACCACCUGUCAUGAAGCCUGAAAAUGAAGAAGCACCCUGCAAAACAUGUGAUGAAGAGAAACUUUCGGAAAAAGCAUCACAAAAGCUUGAUGCUUUUUCUGAAGAGGACUUGUCAGAACUCUUAGAAAACUCAAUGAUGGAGAAUGCAGAUUUUCAUGAAUUACGUUACCAACCAUUGCAAGUCCAACUGGAAAGAUUGUUUGGUGAUGAGGCUGAGGGAUAUUUGAAUCCAGAAGUUAAAGAAAGUCCAAGGAAGGUCUUUGAUCUGUCAAUAGCAAGGAAAAAGGGCCAGCAUGGUGCUGCUGCAUUAUGGGAAGCAUUAAGAGCCUUUUCCAGACAAAAGUUGGUCAACAAAGAUGCUUUAAUUUUACCUGAUGUCAAGAAUGCCUAUGCAUGUUUCAUGCGAGAAUGUCUGCGGCGUCAUGUUACGCCUGUGGAGAGAUUUUUUGUCAGCGAGGAAGAGGCUCCCGUAAAUGUUAAUCUUGAAGAAAGCGAUAUUCUAAAAGAUGUGAAAUAUCGCAGGCAUCGUCAAGAGUUGAUGUAUCGUAUCGCACAUCUUAAUAAAGAUAAAACCAAACUGUUGUUUCAAGUUAUUGGACCGCCACAUUAUUCUGAAGCCAAGGACGAGGAUGGUAUAAGAAGAUACUACCCGGAGAUAAUACAGGAGAAGAAGCCUUCGUUGAAACUCCCAGAAAUAUCCGAGAACUGUGCUUCUGCAAGAAACACCACCAUAAAUGUGAGUAAUGCGCAGUCAGUUGAAACAAAAGAGGAAGAAUAUCCGGUAAAGAAGCCUCAGUGCUCAAAACUUGUUUUCUUAACCGAAAAAAAGGCAACAUGCAGAGGACAGUUUGCGAGGCGAUUGAACAAAGAGGAAACUAAACAAGAAUCGAAACUAAAACAAUCAGAUGAUGUUUUGCGUCACAGGAAACACUCUAGCCGUUCAGAAUUUCCACAAAGGUUGUGGGAGCCACUGAGCAUGCAAGCUUUACUGGAUCAUCAAAAUGCUGUAUCGGAAAGACGGGAUGAAAUAUCUGCACUUGAUUCGUCUCAAAUUUGGAACGUAUCCACGUGAUCGUUCAGUUAAGGUUGCUCUAUUCUUUUCCCUCUUUUUGAGGACAUAAAGAAAACCAGUUUCCUGUUCAUGUUUGAAGUGGUGUUAUCUCUGAUAAUACUCUUCAGUAAAAUAUCAAUACUUUCACCUAGCCGGCCGUAGUUAGGAGUGCGCAGGCCCCGCAGAUGAACCAAAGCCUGUUAGAUAGCCUAAUGUGGGACAAAUCUCGCCAGGUUUCUCUGUAUUUCCUAGCCAUAGUGGGAAUACAGGAAAACACAAUUUUGUUGUUUACACUUUUCCUUUCAAUUCUCAGAGAGCAAUUUCUUCCUGCAGUAUUGGUUUCAUGCUGAAGGGUGGGCCAGCAGGAAGCAUUUGGCAAAGUAAUGCAGAAUCACAAAUUAAAUGUUUCUAUGGCAUUUGCUCAAGGCUUAACCUAAAUUUAAAAGUGAAAUUUUCCAACAUAUCUGUCAGGUUGAAUAGAUUUUUUAAGAAAUCUUUCCCACUUUCUAUUUCAAUAAAAGUAUUCGUAGUGUUGAGUACUGUGGAAGGCUAUGUAGAAAUACAUACAAAAAUCAGGGUACUGGUUCAGUGACCAACAGAAAUCAAUGAUUUCAUUCUUAUUUUAAUAAACUAAAUCUGCCUGACAUUUAAGCAGAUUUCUGACUCUCUAUUCCCUUACAAAAAGAGCAAAAAUGCUCCUAAAGUUUGAAGGCUUGUG